GGACUUCCUGGUACUACGGUCGACGGGUCCCCGGUGGAGUCAAAACGCGUUUCGGGCCUGGGCGCGCCCCCGCGCAUGGGAGAGCCCCCGGACGAUUUUGGCCCUCCCUUAACCGGAAGGGGCCCGUGCGCCCCGCCUUUCCCGGAAGCGGGAGGCGCGCGAAGCGGAGAGACCCCGAAGGACAGCGACAGGCGUUGCCAUGGAGACCGGGCCGAGCGGCGACGAGGGCGACUCGGGGCCCCCCGUGCGCCUGCGGAAGCGGAAGUCGGAGCUCUACAGGCCCGCCCCCGUUGUGGCCGCGGGGCUUGGCUCGGCCCUGCAGGGGGAGACGUUCCGCCUGGGCUCCUGCGCCGUCGCCCUGAGGCUGCUCAACUGCCUUUUGGUGCAGACCAGCUUCGUCCCGGACGAGUACUGGCAGGCGCUCGAGGUCGCCCAUCGCCUGGUCUUCAAGGCUAUUUGACCUGGGAGUGGACGGAAGGCCUGCGGGGUUCGCUCUUCCCGCUCUUCUUUGCCAGCAUUUACAAAGUGCUGCAUCUUUUGUCCCAGGAUAACGUUCAAUGGCUGAUCUGGCUCCCGAGGAUCUCCCAGGCUCUUCUGUCCGCUCUGGCAGAUGUGAGGCUGUACUCCUUCGUGAAACGCCUGGAUAACGGCGAAGCAGCCAAGUGGGUGGCCUUCUGCCAGCUGUGCUCUUGGUUCACGUGGUUCUGCUGUACCAGGACGCUUACCAACACCAUGGAAAGUGUUCUCAGCACCUGUGCCCUCUCCUACUACCUGGUGGAAGGAACGGAGCUGGGGAGCAGGACGAAGUGCCUGGCGCUGGUCGCUCUGGCCUGCCUCGUCCGCCCAACUGCUCUCAUCCCCUGGACUCCGUUGCUGCUCUAUCAGUUCUGGAGAGAGCCCCGGAAGCAGCAGCUGCUCCUGGGCACCUACCUCCCCGUGGGGCUGAUCACUUUAGGGAUGUCUCUCACAAUGGACCGGUUGUUCUUCGGCCAGUGGGUUCUGGUGCAGCUGAAUUUCCUGAAGCUGAACGUCCUGCACAACCUGGCCGCUUUCUAUGGCUCCCACCCGUGGCACUGGUACCUGUCCCAGGGCUUGCCCGUCGUCCUGGGCCCCCACCUGCCCUUCUUCAUCCACGGCUGCCUCCGAGCCCCACCAAAGCAUCGCAUCUUCCUGGCGGUGAUCCUGUGGACAGUGGCCAUUUACAGCACACUGAGCCACAAAGAAUUCCGGUUUAUCUAUCCUGUGCUGCCAUUCUGCAUGGUGUUUUGCGGAUAUUCUCUGCAGCAGCUGGGAAGGUGGAGGCGGGCGGCGUGUGCCUUCCUGGUCCUUGCCAACCUACUGCCUGCGCUCUACACUGGGCUGGUGCAUCAGCGUGGCACCCUGGACGUCAUGGGCUACCUGCGGGGGCUGUGCCAUACGGCCCCCAGCCCUGCCCCAGCCUCCAUCUUGGUGCUGAUGCCCUGCCAUUCCACACCUCACUACAGCCACCUGCACUGCCCGCUCCCACUGAGGUUUCUGGAGUGUCCGCCAGAUUUGACAGGGAAGGCGGAUUACCUGGAUGAAGCAGAUCUGUUUUACGUGGACCCACCGAAGUGGCUCACGAGGGAGUUCUCCAAUACUUCCCUGCUGCCCACCCAUGUGAUCUUCUUCAAUGUACUGGAACAGGACAUUUCCUCCUUCCUGGCUGUAAACGGCUACACCAAAGCUGCCACGUUCUUCCACACCCACUUCCCUCAAGGCCGGACCGGAAGCUCUGUUUUUGUCUACAAAAGGCCCAGAAGCAUCUCUGGAGAGCCCCUGUGGCCAGCUGGUGCGUCCUGAGCCCUGCUUGAGAGAGCAGGAAAGACCAAGACCUUUUGCCUGAUCUGCAGGGCGGUUCCAAGCAGGUGGCAGGGCCGUGCAGGAUCGGAGCGUUUGGGAACAUUAUUUUUUUAAAUAAAAAACCCACUGUUUCUUCGCCAA